AUGAGGAAAUUCGAUCCAUGGCCAGUUUUCUUCAAGCGAGAAUGGAAGAAGAAUUGGCCUUUUGUUGUUGGAUUCGCUAUCACCGGAACUAUAAUCACCAAGUUUUCCCUUGGUCUAACUGAGGAGGAUGCGAAAAACUCCAAAUUUGUUCAAGCUCAUAAGAGGUGA